AAAUGCAGGUAUACUGGCCCUACUGCUCGUAUAAAUAGGGCCGAGUCAGUCGAGCAGGUAGUCAGUUCUACCCCACAUCUCAUCGCGCCAACUACUCGCGUUCUCGCUCUCUCCUCGACAACAUGAAGGCCGUGAUUCUCGUUUGUCUCGUGGGCGUGGCCAUGUGCGCCCCUCAGCUGCAGCAGAGGGUGGAGCUCAUUGAGGAGCCUCUGGACACCCCCGACCCCUACGCCUUCAGCCUGAAUAUCGCUGACGACGAGACGACCAACUACCACACCCGCAGCGAGACCCAGGACGAGAACGGCGUCGUGCGAGGCAGCUUCUCCUACGUCGCCCCCAAUGGCGUCCGCUACAUCACCACCUACAGCGCCGACCCCGUCAACGGCUACCAGGCCAACACCGUCGAGGAGCAGACCAACAUCGUUAUCGUGACCCCCAAGCCCUUCGUCGAGGCCCAGCCCCAGGCCGGCGUGCGCUUCUAAAUAACCCGAAACUGUGCCGCUUUCCUUCGAGUAAUUCAUCUUCUUCUGUGCCGCUUUCCUUCGAUAAUUUUCAUCCUCUUCUUCAUUUCAUCAUCCUGCCCUUCGAAGUGAAUUCGUGAAAUAGAUACUUUUUGUUUCUUUUUUUUUUUCUAUGUUUUUAUCAUUAUUCUUUUUUUAAGCAAUUUCCUUUUCUAAGUAGAAAUAGGAAAUCCACGUUCCUAUUUUUUCUGUCUUUCUUUCUCUCUUUUUCUUCCGUGCCAUAUUACAACGACUGCCUUAUUUUAGGGAGCUAUUACACGUCCAUUUAUUUCCUUAAGCAUAAAGCUAGUUGGAAAAAAGUCGCUCUGUCUUCCCUAAACCCUUUGCCUAAUGUAUAUAGUGUACAUAGACAGCUUGUGACGUCAUAACUGAUUCUUCAAAAGCGAAGUUGCUUUUAAUCAGUUCUAUUUUCCUUUUUGGCUUGAGUAAUGAGUUCCUUCACUGUUGUCAUUAAUUCAACUGCAUAUUUUUUCUUAUUCGGUUUUCUUUCUGAUGUUAUUACAUCUUUUAUCAUUAACAGUGUUAUUAUUGUCAUAAUUUCUUUGGGUUUUCAUUAAUAUUAUCAUCAGUAUGCAAUCAUAAUUAUUUGGGUUAUUGUCAUCAUCAAUAUUUCUAUAAUCUUGAUACCAUGAGCGUUAUCAAUUAGAAUGUUCAUGAACCUUAGUCAUUAUCACAUGAUUGAUAUUAUUAGAUACACUGGUUAUUAAUUAUUAUUAUUAUUAAAGUUAUUAUUUUAUUAUCAUUAUUAUCUUACCUGUGAUUUAUAUCUUUAUUAUUAUUAUUAUUAUCAUCGUGAUAAUAGUUUAAAUACUUAUUGUUUUUGUUACCAUUAUAAGUAUUAUUAUUACCGCCGCUUUUUUCACAGUCAUAAUCAUUUUCGCUCAUCAUUUAUUAUCUUUAUCCUUACUACCUCUUUCAUGUCCUUUUUUAUUUGUUAGUCUUUCCUACUAAAGUUUCCUUGUUCUUUGCGCAUAUGAGACAAGUGUGUAAACUGUCUCAUGGGUUUGUUUAUGUUGCCAGCCGUAAAUUCAUGUUGAGUUAGUACAAAUAUACAAUGGCCUGCAUA